GUUAAGGAAUGCGAAAAAGGUGGUCGAAAAAGAAAUCAUUUCUAGAGAAGAUCACGAAGAGCUAUUUGAUGAACUGAGAAGGUUUGUACAAAAUAUAAAACAAUAGUUUCGACUUGAUACGAUGGCGUAAUUGUCAGAACAAGCGCCUUUCACCUCUGAGUUCGUGGGUUCAAUUCUCGCUAUGGAGUCAUGUGAAAAGAGUCAGUCAACGCUCUGCCGAAAGUUGUGGGUUUUCUCCGAGUGCUCCGGUUUCCUCCCACAGGGAAAGUUGACAGGGUGGGUUAGGAUAAACACAGUUAAGUUAACUUAAGAAAGUGAUAUCACAAUUGUUGUAAAACAGUAAAAGAUAAAAUAGUCUAUAGGCUAAGUAUGUAAGCGUAUAUAUAUGACUAUGAUACUUGUUGUAAAGCGCAUUUGAAAACUUUUAAUCUUAAAAUUGCCCCAGCAAGUCAAUAUUAGGCCCGCUGCUAGUCAGUUUUUAGAAAACGUCCGAUAAUACCUUUGCCAAAUAGACUACAAUUCAACAAAUUACUGCGUAGAUUGUUAAAUAUUAAAAUUUUAUUGUAGACUUAAAGUUGGGGACUUUGCGGAUGGUGAAGAUGCAAAAGAAUACGCUUCGUUGUACCAUCUAUCCACGUGAGUUCAUUGCGGUAUAAAGUGCUUGCAGUUUCAAUUCUUAUCUUACCUGCAAGAGUUUAUACUAGAGUCUGUCAAUUGAUCUGGAAGCCCAGCAAACUUCAAAGUAUCCUGCUAGCAGUGGUUUCUAGCAGAAACCAAUGCUAGCAGGAUAACAUCAAAGCGACAAAACAGAAGAGCUUUGUUUGAUGUUGAACUAUACCUCACCAUGCACAAAUCCUUUGUCUCAACUUAUUAAAUAUUACUUAUCGUGGUUGCACGUUUCAUCUCAGCUAUCCCUAUUGGACGAUUACUUCAUUAUACGAAAAUACAAUAACCUCAAUCCAUUGAACUAUAAAUAAACUGGAAGGCUAACCGCUAUGAUGAAGGCCUAUGAUUUGAUGAAGCCAAAAUAGUUUUUCUGAGUUAUGAGCAGAAAUACUUGACCCCAAACGUCGGGCUAUAUAUCAAAUUGAAGCUAUUGAAAAUUGCUAUUCGGUGUGGAAAUUUCAAGACUUCAGCGAAAAGAAAAAUAUUUAAAAAUACGAAAACAACUGCAAAACGGCAAAUUAUCGGUAAUUAUGUUUGUAGUUUUUCAAUAUUUCCCUUUUACAGUAGCUAAAGUCUUGAAAGUCUACACCAAAUAGUGUUUUUCAAUAGCUUCAAUUUGAUAUAUAGCCCAACGUUCAGUGUUGAGUAUUUCUGCUCAUAACUCAGAAAAACUAAAAUGCACUGGCUUCAAUUCCCCCCCCCUGAGUUAGCCUUCCAGUUUAUUUAUAGUUCAAUGCCUCAAUCACCGUGACCGUGCAUAAAUUAACAUAAAUCAGAAAAAAAAGCACAAUGACUUGUGUUCAGUUUCCAGACCAUCCUAUCUAUGGUUUUAUACUGAAGACAAGAUAACUAUUAAACUCUUUCUUAGAAACAGUUUGUUGUUUAUUUAGCGUUCCUGGAAUUCUUGAAACCUUUGAUCAUCCUUCACCAGAACUUGUUCAAAUGAUGAAAAACGAGGUCUCUGCCUAUGAGCAAAAUCCUGGAACAUAUUGGGGCGAGGAGGUAAUCAUAUUUCAGAAAAGUAAUUAUGAUAAUGUAAGCAUAGAAUGGAACAAAGUAUUAUACAGGGAUGGAUCCAGCAUGAUCUGGUAGGGGGGUGCUCUGGUGCCGACUGCCGAGUUGUGUCGGUCAUGUGUGCCGCCCGCCCAUCAACUACUGUAUUUGAAUUUGAAUUGUUGUUCACAGUUCAUUUAUCCUCAUGUUAUUACUCAAAUUACUGUAUCUCAUUUUGUCUUUUUUUUGCUUUGUCAUAAAAAAUAGCACCCCCGUGCACCCCCUCUGAUAUAUUUGAGUGAAUUUUUUCGGCAUACCUUAUAAAUUAUAGUCACGAUUUGUGGAUAUAUGAAUGUAAUUCAGUACCAAAAAACUUCAGUGCCGAAAAGUAAUACUCGUCCUUCGGACUCAUGUAAUUUUGAUCGUCUUUGAAAAACUCUCUUGUGCAUUUUUUCCCAGACUGCACUCCUUUCUGAACUAUUGGCCGGUCAGAUUAUAACUAGGGAAUAUAAAUGAUCAUUAUUUCUUUCAACUAGAAUGAUAACACUGAAGAAGGAACUGACGAUUCGUGUCAGGUAAAUUAUUUUGGAUUCAAUAGAUUGGAUUCUCACGUUGGUCCAUGUGAGAAAUGUCAUGUUGUUUGCCCUGACCAUGGGCGUACCGGAUAAAGAAAAGGCGGCCGAAAAUUUGUCCCACCUUUGUGAAAUUUUCGUCCUACGCCUAUGGCCCCGACUAUGCGCGACUGCAUGUAAUCAGGAUGUAGUAGCGUAUUUUUCUAUCAAAAUUUAGAGCGAAGCAGAAGAGGAACAUGAUUUAGAAGAAUUAAGACUGGCUGAACAAGCUUUACAGUUUGCAAGGUAUGUACUGUAGAACUAAACUCUAUCAGUUCUGAACUAUUCUUUCUAGCGAUGAAGCAUUAAUUAAAGGUCCAUCCUUUUUGGUACAAAGUUACUACAGGAGGAAACCUAAACUAAAGUUUGUUUAUAUUUGGUAGCUUUAUCAGUUCUGAACUCUUAUUCCCAGAGGUCCAGUAAUGGCCAAAAUUUAUUGUUCCAAUCUUACCACAGGAGGAAACCUAAACGAAGCUAACUUUAUUUAUACUGGAUAACUCUAUCAGUUCUGAACUGUUCUCCCUAGAGGUCCAGUAACGUUCAUCUCUUAUUGAUCUAGUGUUACUACAGGAGGAAACCUAAACUAAGCUAACUUUAUUUAUACUGGAUAACUCUAUCAGUUCUAAACCGUUUUCCCUAGAGGUCCAGUAAGGUUCAUCUCUUAUUUAUCCAGUGUUACUACAGGAGGAAACAUAAACUAAACUAACUUUAUUUAUACUGGAUAGCUCUAUCAGUUAUAACUGUUCCCCCCCUGAGGUCCAGUAAGGUCACAUGUCACUGCAGGAGGACACAGGAAUAAAGACAAUGUGCUGUGUUUGGUAGAGUCAAGUUCUCGUCUCGCAUGCAUAUUGCAAGAACUGAACCCAGAACAGAAGCGAAAUGUACAUGUGCAUUAACCACUGUCCCACCAUUCACCAUUUCUGUUCUAGGAAACGCAUCUUGCGUGCGAUGACGAAUGGGGACAUAACCCCGGGUGAAAAUAUCGUAGACGAAGCAGCUGAUGUCGAGAGACGUCUUGCCCACAUCCGGGAUUUGAUAAUACUGGCCGAAGCUAAGGAGGCAUCUAAGGAGGCAGCAAAGGAUACAGAUGGAUCGCAGGAGAGUCUGGUGACACAAGAAGAGAAAGUAGAUGCUGAAGGUGAUGGUGAUGGUAAUGGUUUGAGUGAGGUAUUGAUCUAUUUGUUUGGGGUUUACGUGUUGGGUGAGAAAAUUGAGAAUGCAUCUAAUACGUUUUGCUUGUGGAAACACCGCGUAAAUUUAUUACUGCAAAGCUUUCGAUCCGUAAGCCUGGAUCUUUGUCAGUGCAGUAAUAAAAAUUUAUGUGGUGUAACUGGUGUUUCCACAAACAAAAGUAUUAUAUGUUUUAUCGCCAUGUAAUCUACAAAAUAAAGAACUUUUUAUAGAAUGCAUCUGUUUCUCUGUCGGUUUGACGCCGGAAGCGCGUGUAUGACGAAUAGUUUCUUGUCUUUUUAUUUCGUACACAUAAAAUUGAAAGAUUCUUAGAUUUAAAUAUUAAACGAAAAGGCCAUAAGCAAUGCACGCUUUAACAAUUUCUACCGCGAUUACUAUUUUUUAUUGCGCUCGAACUUUUAUAAAAUACAAAUGCUGUUUGAAAACGUGUAUGGGACUUAAAACGAUUAUCUGAGAUACCAUUAUCACUUUUUUCGGUUGAAUUACUAUCGAGAGAACGGAUUUAAUUCCCCCUAAAGUAGAGUUUGAGGAUAUCUUGAUUUCCAUUCUACAUCUAUUUGAAGGCUUUGCCCAGCCAACCAGAGCAACGACCUCGUUCCCAGCCAGAGCAACCACCCGCCAAGCCGAUUGGAGUUACAAGACCCGAGAUCCGACAACCAUCAACUAUAAAGAACAACCCAGUAAAUUCUACCACUCAAAAUCUCGACGUAUCUACAUCCCAAUAUCCUAACAUACCCAAGUCAACCUCUCAUUAUCCUAACAUAACCAUGUCUACCUCUCGAAACACACCCACAUCUAUCUCCCAUCCUAACAUACCCACAUCUACCCCUCAAAAUUCUAACCUAUCCAACAUGAUCUCUCAAAAUCCUAACAUACCUACAUCUAUCCCUCAAUACCCUAUCAUACCCACAAAUCCUCAGUACCCUAAUAUACCCACAUCUACCUCUCAAAAUCCUAACCUAUUCAACACUCAAAAUUCCAGAGCAACUAUUGGAAGCCUUAUGGGUAACGAAACCUUUAGAAGUAAUGUGGCACCCAUAAUCACACCAGGUGGUAAUAAGGUGUACCCAGGGCCAUCUAUGGAUAAUCAACAAAGUUAUAAAGAUCUUGUGGAGUCAAAAAAGACAAUUGAAAAAAUAUCUUUGAAUAAUAUGACGAAACCACAGGCGGCCUCGGCAAGCAGCGAGAUAUUGAGCUCAAAGAAACGGGCGCGAAGUUCUUCCCAAGCCCCUCAUCACGUGACGUUGCCGCAUCUCAAUCAACCAAUAGGAGGUCUUCCUUUAUUUAUGCAGGGUGGUCACAUGACCUCGUUAGCGCAUAUGCACUUUCCGUUCCCCGGACCUCCAAAUGUGCAAUUUCAGAGGUUCCUAGGACCCCUACAUCCACUCUCCCCACCUCCCUAUUCUGAUCUAAUGCACCUUAAUGGCCCCUUGCCCGCCCCCAAUUUUGUCAACCCCUCCCAACUCCUGUACCAAUAUGGCUCCCCCUUUCCAAACCCCAGACGUGGCCAAAGGUAGCAGGAGAGUUACUGAAGUGGACGUUGAGAUUUGCUCCCAAUUGGUUGGGCGUCUUUUUGGUGGAAAUUUGCCUUUUGUUGUGUUAAAACUAAAGACCUGUGAAGUCCAUUAAGAUUACAAGAAGAAUUCGGAAGAAUUACAUGAGUGAUGAGUUGGAGUUAUUAUGGAAGCGUUGGGAAUUGGAAUUUUUACUGUUUUGAAGCGAAAGACUUCAGGUUCGUGUUCAAUUAAAUGUAACUGCAUGUAUUAUGGGAUUCUGCACGUUUUAAUUCAAUUAUAGCGCUUUGAAGUGCCUAGUCUGUUGUAUAUAGUAUUUUGUCCUUCGCAGCAUUUGGUCUAGUAGGCUAAAAGAGUUGUUAGUACGUGUUUGUAAAAUUCCCCCGUAGAGUUGAAUGUGUAAUUAUUUAUAUUAAGAUAGAGUCAUAGUUGUGUUUUAAAGAGAUAGUUAUAUCACGUGAUAGAGAGACACUGUUUGGUUACAGAGACGCUAUUUAGUGCUUUAGUAACUAGAAUAUUGUAUAUUUUUAUAUAACUAUAGAAAAAUUAUAAGAUUAUAUUGAUAUUAAAGUAUUUCAUAUUGAAACUUGUCAAUGUUAUUUCUCAGUGGCGAAGCUAGCCAUAGCAAUAGGUCAUGCUAUGCAAAGUUUUAAUGAUUUGUAUUAUUCAAACUUUAUAGAAAUGGCCAGUUGCCAUGGCCAGAUUCACCCA